CUUAAGAUCAUCAAAUCUUUUCUAGAAGGGUUGUUUUGACACCGAUAAAUGAAGAUGUUGAUAACAUCAAUUCUUUCAUGAUUGAAAGAUUCCCGGGACAAGCUGUAACUUAUACAAGCUAUGACAGUAUUUUGGAUGAUACUGGCAGUGUAUAUCCUACAGAAUUUCUAAAUAAAUUGUGCCCAGGAGGACUCAGUCCUCACAACCUUGUGCUAAAAGAAAACUGCCCAGUAAUAUUGCUCAGAAAACUUUUGCCUUCUUCUGGUCUAUGUAAUGGAACACGCCUUAUAUGCAAGCGUUUUUUUUCCUAAUUUAAUUGAGUGUGUCAUUUCCAUUGGCCAACAUCAAGGAGAGCAUGUUUUUAUACCAAGAAUUAAACUCAGGCCAUCAAGUUCCCAGAAGUAUCCUUUUCAGUUUCAAAGAAGCCAAUUUCCAAUCAAAAUAAGCUUUGCAAUGACCAAUAAUAAGUCACAAGGGCAGACCUUAUAUCAAGUGUUAAUUUAUCUCUCUCGAUCAUGUUUCUCACAUGGUCAAUUGUAUGUUGCUCUAUCACGAGCACGGUCAGCCAGCAAAGUGAAAGUUAUAUCAGUUGCUCCUACUGGCCAAUGUCCAAAGAACUGUGUUAAAAACAUUGUCUCCUAUACCGUGCUAAAAUUGGCAGGAGUCAUUUAAAUUACUACGCAGUAGCUAGAAUAAAAAACAACUUUUGGAGAUGAAGUUACGUUUCUGCCUUAUUAGGAAGCCACCUAUAAAAAGCACAUACCAAGACAUGACUUUAUUAAGGUAGCAUUUAAUGAAGACAAAAACAUGUAUUUGGCAAAUAUUAGAUGUGGCCAAAGCAACAAAUUGUUUAGGUUUAAGUUAAUAAAAAAAAUAAAAAAACCAGUAUGCUUUUUCAAAUUUUUGUAAGUUAUAUGUAUAUACUUAAAAAUCAGAAUAUUAAAAUGACUUGUAUGACUUUUUUUCUUUUUAAAAAUAAAAAAGAUAAGAAAUUGUUAAAACCUAUGCAAUAUCUGUAAUUUGAUUUUAGCUUUUGCCAAUGUAUAAAAUCCAAUUCCUUAAAAAUAGCAAUAUUGUUCCCCAUUCUUUUGCCUAAUUGUGGCUGUGAUAAAUUCAUAUGUACUGCAUAAAAAAAACUACCAUUACUCUAUUAUUUAAAUGAAAAAUUACUUUCUACAAAGUUUUAAAAAAUUAUUUCAGGUACAUAAAGUACCUUACAGGUAUGGGUUGCACUUCUUUUUCACAGGUAUGGGUUGCACAGUGUAAACAGUAAAGUUGAAAAAAAAAGCUUUUCCUUAGUCUGCUUAUUAUUUACAUCACUGUUUUGCAUUUUUUAUUCUUGUACUCUGUCCUAAGUAAUUUCAAACUAAAUGCAAUCCUAACAUUCGUUUUUUUCACUCAAAAGAUCAAACUUACAGCAAGCACAUUAGCCAUGGAAGAACACAAAUACAAAGCAGUCAGACAAAAGCCAGAAUAUGUGUACUUGAAUCAAUUAAAUGCAGCAAGCAAAGCUUAUAUAGUAAGAGUGGUUGUUGCUGAGAAGGGAAGGGACAUACUAUCUUCCAAAAAAAAAGCAGUUAGAUUCCAAACUUUACUUCUUAAAGAUGAAAAGGGUAAUAGGAUGCGUGGUACUUUAUUUGGUGAUCAAAUUGAAGCUUUUGAAGAUGCAUUACAAUAUCUAGGAGAAUACGACAUUUCUACUGCACCAAUUAAGUUCAUAGAUGAAAAAUGGAGAACUGAGAUCGAUCAGUUUCCUUACCAAAUGACUUUUGGUAGUAGAACUGUUAUUCAGCCUAUUCAUCCAGAACUUGGACCAGUUCUACCUGACUAUAAGCCACUAAUGUAGUGGGUGUCGUAUUAUUUGUAGAAAAAGAACCAAGAAAAAUUGAACCCAGGGAGGGAAAGCGAGAGAGCUUGGUCCGCGAAAUAGUAAUCACUGAUGAAAGCUGUGAUCAACCACUUACCAUCUCAAUGUGGAAUGACCUUACAGCUCCAAAAUAUUUUGAUAAGCUAUCAAAUUGGGCAGAAACAUUUAAGGUUAAUGGUUUCAGGGCUCUGAAGCCAAAUACUCGCUGUGGCUUUUCAAUGAAUUCUGGUAUGUCCACUCGAAUAGUAUAUGAACCCAAGGGAAAUCGAGCAACUGUUCUGUCUGACUGGGCUAACCUUUUCUAUCAAAGGGUAGUGGAUAGACAAGCAAGGGUAUUAGAAAUCAGAUAUCCAAGUGAAAACAAGAAAAUACUAUCCAUUGCUGAACUCAGGCAGAAAAAGCCUAGCAACACCUUACAAGAAGAAGUCCUCUGGAUCGAAGUAACCAUUGAAAACGCAGAACUAGAAAAGGUGAAUGCUUAUACUGGAUGUUCAAACUGCUGGAAACGCACCAACCUUCCUUUGCAGAAACGCUAUUCUUGUGUUGCAUGUUCAAAUAAGGAAUACAUCAGUACUGAGAGGAUAACUUUCAAAUUUGAAGCUAGAGAUGACAUAGGAACAAUGGCCUUCACAACAUUCAAUGAUGACACAGAAAGAUUGUUCAGAAAAACAGCAGCUACAAUCUACGCCAUAAAAGAAGCGGCUGAUCAAGACGCUUUCAAAGCUAUUCAAGACAUGCUGAGCAGCACUCCGUUCUAUAUUAAAGUAGGGCCUACUCGACACUUAGGUCAAAAUAAUGUGCUAGAGUGGACUCUUAAAACAAUUGAGCUCAAAGAAAGUCUUGACACAGAACAAAACAUUCAAGACACUGUAACCAAUACUGAUCAAGGAAAAGAUUCAAUGGAGAAGCAUUCAGAAAAUACCGUUGUAUCUGGACCAUCUGAGCCAUUUAUUCCAACUCCAAAAAUGAAGAAAUCUUCAGAGGAACAAACUGAGGCAAGCAUUUACACUGAAAUAGCUACAUCACCUCAGGAAAGUGCUGAAAAUCUUAAGCGCAAAAAAUCAUUAGGGAAAAGCCCUAUGGAAUCCGGAGAUCAGGAAACCGAUUUGGAACUGCAGACAUCACAAACCGGUGCCAAGAAAAAACUUUGCUUUGGGGGAAUGACCCAAAAAAACCACACCAAAGGUCAAAACCCUGGAAUUUCUCUAGGAAGAGAGGGUAUCGAUGAUGUACCUCAGAUUCCGCAGCCUCAACAAAAGCUAGACACACCUGUGAUAGUGAAGACAGAGAAGGUGAAGAAAACACCAUCAGACACUUCAACCAAGGAGACUUAGUAGUUCAAAGACUAAGGAAAUAUGUAGUAAAUUACUGAAGCACUGAACAUCAUCUACCUAAGGUGCACUAUCUGCACCUCUUUUGAAUAUUAAACCUUUUGCUAGGCUAUAAGUAUAUGGGCAGCUAUUAACAUUUUGCUUCUGCUGAGACUGCGUAUAAAAAUAUUUAUCAGUACAGCACAUAGUUGCCCAAAUAUCUUAUGUAGAACUCCAGCAUCGAUCACAUAAAAUUAAAUCUCUGCUUUAUGUCUAGAAUCUCAUGUAUAUAGGAAUUAGAUGCUGCAGACAAAUAUAUUUUGAGGGGUUUCCCAGGAACACUAACAAUAGUAAGUGUUCCAGGCAAACACCCAACUUAAAUUAUGUUAUUAUGUACUGCU